CCCCCCCCCCCUCAGGCGUGAGCGGUGAGGGAGAAGGAGAGAGGUGAGAAAGGUGAGAAAGGUGAGAGAGAGAGCGUCAUCCCUCACAGCAAAUCUCAUCCCCUGGCCAUGAAACUCCCGCCAUCUUCACCUCGUCACGGGGACACCAUACCAUAGACCCACACCUGGUCCAGAAUAUCCCUGGUGUCUGAGGGACACCCCGCUCGAGCCCGGGCCCGCGGGUCUUGGCCACGACAGGCACCGGCAGUCGUCGCUAAGAUGACCAAGGACACGCCAGACCACCUUGUCCUGACCACCAGGAACCUGACGGUCACCCAGUAAUUGAGUCAUUAGUGGAGUUCGCGCCUUGCCGAAGGUGGGACGCCGGACAGUGCUGCCAUCUACCGUGUUAUAAUCACUUAGUUUUACCCGCAACUGAUCGCACAUUAACCCAAUAUUAAGCCUUAGAAAAGCUGUUCAGUGUCGUGUAACAGUAAAUAUAUAUACAGUAAUUAUACCUCGGGAUUAUACCCAUAAAAUAUAUCAAAAUAUCAUUAAUACAACUUUACUAUAUUGCCAAAAAGAUAAUAAUUUCUAGUGUGAUAAAGUGACAUAGAAGACACACAUUGAGGAGACGUGUGUGUGUGUGUGUGUGUGGAGGACCAUCUUGGGCAGCUCACCAUGAGGGAGCACGUCAUGUCGUCCCUCGUCACCAUCCUCGUCGUCCUCCUCCUCACCAUCCACAAGGAGACGCAGGUGGGGGCUGUGAACGACGGCCGCUACACGUACUCGACGGCCCGCGGGUGGGGUCACAAGGAGCUGGCCGAGCCCGUGUGGGGCUACCCGCCCCGGAUACAGAAGAGUCGCCGCAUCCCGGAGAUGAGAGAGGGCCACGGCCACAGACUCGACCACGGGGCGGCGCGGGUGGUGCAGUCCUCCCACUACGAGCUGGAGUACGUCCUCGGCCGCAAGAUCAUCUUCAUCUGCACGGCGCGCGGCAACCCUCGCCCCAGCAUCACCUGGUACAAGGACGGCGUGGAGCUCUACGCCCACAACUACUUCCAGGUCCACGAGUGGGAGAUCGGCCGCCACAAGCUGAAGAGCAAGAUGGAGAUCGACCCGGCCACCCUGAUGGACGUGGGCUACUACGAGUGUCAGGCCAACAACAAGUAUGCCGUCGACCACCGCGGCUUCCGCACCCAGUACACGGCCGGCCUUUAGUGCCCUACACCCGCCCCCCACCCCCCCGGUCACCAGUGCCCGACACACG